GGAGAAAAAGAUGGGUUAUAAUCUUGUUGCAGUGUUCUUGGGUCUCUACCUCGUCAUCUCUCUCCAACCCUCCUUCACAGUUGCCCAAAUAUUAUUUCAGGGAUUUAAUUGGGCAUCAUGGAAGAAGGAAGGGGGAUGGUAUAACUUUCUCAGCAACUCUAUUCCUGAUUUGGCAAGCGCUGGGGUCACACAUGUUUGGCUUCCUCCAUGCUCUCAUUCUGCUGCAGAUGAAGGGUAUUUGCCAGGAAGAUUGUAUGAUCUGAAUGCAUCAAAAUAUGGAAAUCAGGAAGAACUGAAGAAACUGAUAAAGGGUUUUCAUGACAAAGGAAUCAAAUGCAUUGCAGACAUAGUCAUAAACCAUAGAGUUGCAGAGAAGACAGAUGAGAGUGGGACAUUGAACAUCUUCGAGGGAGGAACCCCAGAUAAUCGUCUCGACUGGGGUCCAUCCAUGAUCUGUGGUGAUGACACAAAAUUUCACGGCACAGGGAAUCAGGACACAGGGAUUAACUGGGGUGAUGCUCCAGACAUUGAUCACACCAAUCCAACAGUCCAAAGAGAGUUAUCAGAUUGGAUGAAUUGGCUCAAAACUGAAAUUGGGUUUGAUGGAUGGAGAUUUGAUAUGGUAUUGGGAUACGCUCCAGCUUAUACCAAGAUCUAUAUGCAACCAACAAACCCAAAUUUUGCAGUUGGAGAGCUUUUCAGAUAUCUUGUUAAUGGUACAGACAAUAAACCAUUGUAUAACCAGGAUCCACACCGUCGUGAAUUAGUGGAAUGGGUACAAGCUGCAGGAGGGACUGUGACAACCUUUGAUUUCACAACCAAAGGGAUUCUGACAUCUGCUGUACAGGAACAGGAAGAGCUGUGGAGGAUGAAGGAUUCAGAAGGAAAGCCACCAGGAAUGAUUGGUCUCUUACCAUCAAAUGCUGUAACUUUCAUUGACAAUCAUGAUACAGGGUCACAGAAACAAUGGCCUUUUCCAUCUAACAAAGUAUUGCAAGGAUAUGUCUACAUUCUCACUCACCCAGGGAUACCUUCCAUAUUCUAUGAUCACUUCUUCGAAUACUCAAUUAAGGAUAACAUCAAGAACUUAACUGCAAUAAGGGAAAGGAAUGGGAUCAAACCAACUAGCACCGUUCGUAUUAUUACUGCUGAAUCUGAUCAGUAUGUAGCAAUGAUUGACGAGAAAGUUAUUGCCAAGAUUGGUUCAAGAAUUCCUGUUGGAGACGUUAUUCCCUCAACGUUCCAGAUUUCUACUUAUGGAGAUGGCUACGCUGUGUGGGAGAAAAAACAGUGAUGCAUGUGUUGCUGCAGGUUUUCAUUGAGAAUGAGACUCACUUUACAUUAUGUUUUGGUCAUAAUACUGAAAGAUGGUUGCUUAAAAUC